CUGCUGAAACACCAUCAUCCACUCAGCAACCCUAGUUCCACCGCGGGGAGCAACAGCGUCUGAAACAAAAUUAACACCGUUUCAUCAGUUCAGUAGAUUGGUCUCGCUCGCCAUCAGAUAUGGAAAUAUCGACCUUCUCUUCUAAUCAGUGCAGAUACAGAUAUGAGGACUACAGGGAAACAGCAGACUGGUUGCUCAACCACACAGAGCAUCGUCCUAAAGUGGCCAUCAUCUGUGGUUCAGGACUGGGUGGCCUGGCUGACCUGCUGGAGGACAAGAUUGUCUUCCCUUAUAAUGACAUCCCAGGCUUCCCCACCAGCACCGUGCCGGGCCAUGCAGGUCAGCUGGUGUUUGGGAAGCUGCAGGGGCGUCAGUGUGUCUGCAUGCAGGGACGCUUCCAUUUCUACGAGGGCUACAACAUAUACACGGUGACGUACCCAGUUCGAGUGUUCUUCCUGCUGGGUGUGGAGACUCUGAUUGUGACAAAUGCAGCGGGGGGGCUCAAUCCCAGCUUCAACGUGGGUGACAUGAUGCUCAUUAGAGAUCACAUAAACAUGCCAGGCUUUGCCGGGCAGAACCCGCUGUGUGGGCACAACGAUGACAGGUUCGGUGUGCGUUUCCCUUGCAUGUCAGAUGCAUAUGACCGUGAGCUGAGUGCCCUUGCCAAGGAAACAGCAGAGGAGCAGGGCUGCAGCACCUUCCUACAGCAGGGGGUUUACUGCAUGCUGGCUGGACCAACAUUCGAGACCAUUGCAGAGUGCAGAGUCCUGCAGCUGCUGGGGGCUGACGCUGUGGGUAUGAGUACCGUUCCAGAGGUGGUUGUUGCUCGCCACUGUGGCCUGCGUGUCUUGGGUCUGUCUCUUAUCACCAACAAGGUGGUGACAGAUUAUGCCAGUGAGGAGCGGGCAAACCAUGAAGAGGUUCUGGAGACCACCCGCCUCCGAACCCAGGACCUCCAGAGGUUCAUCAGCCACCUUGUAGCCAAGAUUUAGCACAUUCUGGUCUUCAUUUAAGAUCUGGGAAAAUGAUGUCGAGGAAAUUCAAUUGGAGUGCAUGGAAGCUGUUGAUUCUGUGGUCAGGUCAAUCAAAGAAUCAUGAUUUACACAAUCACAUUAAAGUCAGUGGAAAUUAAAAAUAAAAAAUAAUUCUUGGGUCAAAGUAAGGAAAGAUGGUGAGUUGUUAAAGCUGGGUUGACCAGGUCCAUGCUUAUUUUCUGCAUGGGUUUUGGCUAAAACCUAUACUCACCAACUUGGGAUGCAUUCGCCAAUCUCCCCCCUGUUUACACUGUCAAGGUUGCUGUAAGUAGAGAGCAGAGCAGAGAAAAAAUACAUGUCAAUACGCCAUGAUGCAUAUGCCACUUUACAAAAUGUAUGCAACAUUUGGAGACACUCGUUACAGGUAGAGACAUCUUCAGCAUUUGAUUAUGGACUCAGUAACCAUCACUUGCUGAUAAACUAUUUGUUAUGCUGCUUUCCCAUACUACCACAGCAUGGGUUUCACAAACAAGGGAAUGUUUGGAAAAACAAAUUUUUAUCAUUUUGACAGUUAACAGAAGGCCAUGAUAUAGAGCGUGACUUAAUGAGUGUUUUCAAAAUGUUUUAAGAAAUAUGUGGGUGAUGUAUAGGCAUUGCGUAUUUGUAUGACUCCCAGCUGACUGCCAGCCAGCAUCUUUACUCAUGUUUACCAGUCCCUUACCAUUCCCUUAACCUGAACAACAGUCAUAAUUCUGUUACUUCAUGCUUAUGCUUGUUCUUGAUACUAAUGCUACAGAGUGACAACAGGGCACUGUUAUAUAUUAUUCAAGUCGUUGUAGUUAGGACCUUGUUUAGGGAGAUUCGCCAGGACUGUGGUAUAUAUCUUUGCCAUUUUUACUACCUCUGUCUAAUUUGACACUUAACAUGUUCAGCCAGCAUUACCAUCAGCUAUGAUCAAACACAUCAAAUGAUUACCAGUUAUUCACUGACAACCUGUGAUCUCAGUAUUGAUGGUUAGAGAACAAUGCCUUCUAUCACUGAAACUACUGUUAUUCAACAUUUAGUAGUUUCACCACCUAUGAGAGCUGUAGGUAUCCUCUACCAUCUCUAUAGCUGCUUGAAAGACAUUUUGCACAUAUGGGUUGGUCUUGACAUACUUGUGCAAGGGUGGAAGUAACAUAUAACAGAGUAAUUAUUGAGUUUAUACAAUAACUCUUCUGAUCAAUCAUUUAUCCUGUUGGGACCCAAUUUAUUAGUAACUUGGUAUGAAUAAUGUCAAAUAUUCUUAGCUAGAAAUGAAAGCAGUUAUAUUUAUGAUACUUGCAUUACUUUUAAAUCAGACCUGCUUAUUUUUUAGUGGACAAAUAAUUUAUUUUAAUAUAUUUAUUAAUGAUAGUACAUAGAAAAAUGACAGAGACACUGGUUCUGGUGUAUUGAAUGCAGAAUAUUUGGUGUAACUACUGGAGCAGCUGAAAAGUUUGAUCAAUAUGACAAAGAGCUCUCUGGUUGAUAACAGGAUUUCAUAGGAAUCUAACUUAAUAAGUAACUAUAAAAUAGUCAAAAUAGGUGAUGAGCACAAUGAUAAUAAACACUUUGGUCUGGUAGUAGAGAUGUGUGAAGGUUUAUCUAUGGUGGAUAACAUUUAGAUAGAAGUUUCUUGCACACCAAAAAAAUGUACAAGGUGGAAUUGUUAUAGGAUUAUCUGUCCUGCAGUUUUCAGUCUUCUUGGCGCUGAUUCUGAGACCUCCUGCCAGGCUCCUGACACCAUCUAAUUCAUUAGAGAGAGGACGGAGUGAUGCUAGAUCAGCAGUCCACCGUCUUGUCCUUAGAGAUGCUAAGACGCUAAUGCAAGUCUUAAAGGGGAAUUCCUCUCCAAAUGGGGAGAGUAACACUUGAAUCUGUAUGUCAUCAGAAUGAAAAAUCAAGGCUGCUCCUCAGACAAUGAACAGAAAAUAACUACUGCUAUAAUGUACUUCUUUAUAAAAGCCUAUAGCGGAUGUUCUCACUGUUAUUGUUACCAUAUAUUGCAAUUCAUUCUUUAUGGGGCAGAUUUUACAUCUUGAAAACAUCACAGGUUCAAGUAUUAGUCUUCUCCUGACUAGCUUUUGCAGUGUUGCUUGUGUUCACCUUAUUGGACUGUAAGAGACUAAUAACUGUGUAUUCUUAAAUUAGGUGCUAUUGCACUCCACUUUAAGGCCUCAGAUGGGAACUGAAUGCACUUAAAUAAAUAUCUUGUGUCUCUGUCAACUUAAAUCAUAGUGUAUUUUAAUAAAAGAAACUACAGCUCUUAAAUAAAACCUACAGAUACAUGUG